AAUAUUAAGUAAGAUUUAGGACAUAAGUGUCAUUAAAAGAUUUUUUGUCCAAAAUUGAGCACCUGAAUUGAAACCCGCGUUUCUCUCGCUCUAGAUUUCUCUUCCAAUCAAAUCACUGUUUUAGGGCUUUGAUUUUUGGAACCCAGAAAAGCACUGGAAGGAGAAUGUUUUUUUUUUACAUGCACAGAAAUGAAGAAAUACCCAAUGUAUAGUUAUAUGUGCUCGAUCUGAGGUUUUCUCCCUCUUCGUCUUCAAUUGUUUUUGUGACCUUUGAAUGUGGUAAUGCUAAAUUGUUUCAUUUGGAUUGCUGAGGCUGCAGCAGUGGAGUUUGGGGAAUGUUGAUACCUUAACCAAUUUGAGCCAGGCUGAAGUAUAAAGGAUGAAACCACCUCUUGUUCCACUUGCGACCUUACUUGGUCGUGAAUUGAGGAAUGUAAAAGUUGAGAAGCCUUUUGUGAAGUUUGGACAGGCUGCUUUGGCCAAAAAAGGAGAAGAUUAUUUUCUGAUUAAACCUGAUUGUGAGAGGGUUCCUGGGAAUCCGGAAACAUCUUUUUCGGUAUUUGCGAUUUUUGAUGGGCAUAAUGGUAUAUCAGCUGCCAUUUUUGCAAAGGAGAACUUAUUGGGUAAUGUCUUGAGUGCAAUUCCACAGGGCAUCAAUAGGGAGGAGUGGCUUCAAGCCCUUCCUCGGGCUCUGGUUGCAGGUUUUGUGAAAACAGACAUUGAGUUUCAGCAGAAAGGGGAAACUUCUGGGACAACUGUUACGUUUGUUGUGAUUGAUGGAUGGACUGUCACUGUUGCUUCCGUUGGUGAUUCUCGAUGUAUAUUGGACACCCAAGGGGGUGUAGUUUCUCUCCUGACUGUAGAUCACAGGCUAGAAGAGAAUGCAGAAGAAAGGGAGCGGGUCACUGCUAGUGGUGGUGAAGUUGGAAGACUUAAUGUUUUUGGGGGCAAUGAGGUUGGUCCCCUCCGUUGCUGGCCUGGUGGAUUAUGCCUCUCUAGGUCAAUUGGUGACACAGAUGUUGGAGAGUUUAUUGUCCCCAUACCUCACGUUAAGCAAGUGAAGUUGUCAAAUUCUGGAGGGCGACUUAUUAUUGCUUCAGAUGGUAUUUGGGAUGCUUUGUCUUCAGACAUGGCUGCUAAGUCUUGUCGGGGGUUACCGGCAGAGCUUGCAGCAAAGCUGGUUGUUAAGGAAGCUUUGAGGUCAAGGGGCCUGAAGGAUGAUACAACGUGCCUGGUUGUUGAUAUUAUUCCUUCUGACCAGCCUGUCCUACCUUCAACACCUAUGAAGAAGCAGAAUGCGCUUAGUUCUUUUCUUUUUGGGAAGCGAUCUCAAACUUCUACAAAUAAAACUACGAAUAAACUCUCUGCUGUUGGAGUUGUUGAAGAGCUAUUUGAGGAGGGUUCUGCCAUGCUUGCUGAAAGGUUGGGUAAGGAUUUUCCCAUGAAUACAAACUCAGGACUCUUCAAAUGCGCGGUCUGUCAAGUCGAUCAACCUCCAGCUGAGGGUUUAACAGUGAACUCCGGGCCAUUUUUCUCACCUGCUUCAAAGCCAUGGGAAGGACCUUUCCUCUGCACCAACUGUCGGAAAAAGAAAGACGCCAUGGAAGGAAAAAGUGCGAAUAUGCUUUGUUUCCCAUUACCUGAUGAGUGCCAUAGUUGCGUGUAAGAAUCAAGGUAGAGAUAACGAGUUAGGUGUUUUUGCGGUUACUGUUUAUGUUUGCGCUCCGCUGUUUUACUGACCAACUUGGAACAAAGAAUGGUAUGUGAUAGAUAUUUGAUGUCAUAGUUUGAUUGCUAACAGCUUGAAUUUGUAAUUAGAAGUGAAGAUUGCAAGUAAUAUAUGCAUUUCAGCUUUCCUUUCUGCAUCA